UGAGUGGCUGGCCGCAUGGCACUCCCCCGCGUCCCUGUCGUGUCACGCCCCCUAACUGUUGCGCGCGGCGGCCACUGGAGGUCUCCUACUGGGAAGUGUGUUGCUAUUGGCUGUGUGAUGUGGGGGUCGCCGCGCCGAUUGGCCGCGCGGCGGGAGGAACAUGGAGGUGAGGGCGGUGAGGCGGUGCGGGAAGGCCACGCCCAUCACAGCCCAGCGAGCGUCGCCCGUCGAGGGCCGCCCGCCUCCAUGUGCCGCCAUAUCGCGGACAGCCUCCACUCCAGGAACAUGUCCUCGGCCCGCUCCGUCUCCCCCGCCCUGUCCCCCGCCCACCUGUGUGACAGGCCCGUCUCCCCGUCCCACCGCCCGCCCAAGGAGGACUAUGACCGCCCUGCCAGAGAGGUCGGCCCUCUACAGUACACAGACCUCCUUCCUUUCAACAUACUGGGCGGGCCGGAGACUAGGGAGUUCCUGUUGAGGGUGGCCGAGGUGUCCAUUGACUACAUCAGGGAGACCUUCGACCGACAUGCCAAGAUCCUCGACUUCCACCAGCCCGAGCAGCUCAAGGAAGUGCUGGACCUGGAGAUUCCCGCCAAGCCAUUGCAACUGGAGCAGAUCAUCUCAGACUGCAUGGAUGCCCUCAAGUAUCAGGUCAAGACAGGCCACCCUCGCUUUAUGAACCAGCUGUCAUGCGGCACGGAAGUGGUGUCCCUGGCCGGGGAGUGGGUUACGGCCGCCGCCAACACCAACAUGUUCACCUACGAGAUAGCGCCCGUUUUCAUCCUCAUGGAGAAGGUGACGAUGCGGCACAUGCGUGAGGUGAUCGGCUACAAGGCGGGGGACAGCAUCCUGGCACCGGGCGGCUCCAUCAGCAACCUGUACGCCGCCAUCGCCGCACGCCACAAGAUGUUCCCGGAAUACAAGAAAAAAGGUCUCAUGGCGUUGCCCGGACAGCUCGUCAUGUUUACUUCCCUCCACAGCCACUACUCCCUGAUGGGGGCCGCCGCAGCGAUGGGCAUUGGCACUGACAAUCUCAUCGAAGUUCCUGUUGACGAGAAGGGCCACAUGCUUCCCUCUGAACUGGACCGCCUCAUCCAGGAGGAGAAAGGCAAGGGUAAGGUUCCGUUCUUCGUGUGCGCCACUGCCGGCACCACCGUGAUGGGCGCCUUCGACCCACUGCACGCCAUCGCCGACGUCUGCGAGAAGCACAAGCUGUGGUUCCACGUCGAUGCGGCGUGGGGCGGCGGCGUGCUGCUGUCCAAGAAUCAGCGUCACAAGAUGGCUGGCGUGGAGCGUUCCAACUCUAUCACGUGGAACCCUCACAAGCUGAUGGGCACCCUGCUCCAGUGCUCCACCGUGCACUUCCAGGAGGACGGUCUCCUCAUCUCGUGCAACCAGAUGUGCGCAGACUACCUCUUCCAGCAGGACAAACCCUACGACGUGAACUACGACACUGGCGACAAGGUGAUCCAGUGCGGCAGACACAACGACAUCUUCAAGCUGUGGCUGCUGUGGCGCUCCAAGGGAGAUGAGGGCUUCGAGAGGCACAUUGACCACCUGUUUGACAUGACGGCCUACCUGGUCCAACGCAUGAAACAACACCCUGACAAGUUUGAACUACUGAACGACGAGCCGGAGUGCACCAACGUCUGCUUCUGGUACGUCCCACACCGCCUCCGCACCAUGAAGGCUGGACCAGAGCGCCACAAGAUCCUGGGAGAGAUCCAGCCCAUCCUGAAGGGGCGAAUGAUGACCGCUGGCACGCUCAUGAUCGGAUACCAGCCCCUCGACCACCACCCCAACUUCUUCAGGAACAUCAUCUCCUCACAGGCCGUCAGGAGAGAGGACAUAGACUUCAUGCUGGAGGAAUUGGACCGUCUGGGCUACGACUUGUAAAAUGUAGAGGAGGCAAAUGCAGGAGGGAAGGAGGAGUGGGUGGGGAGAGGAAGGUCUAAAGGCACUUAUUGAAAUAGUUAUGUCAGGACUUUUCUUUUCUUUUUUUUUUUUUUGUAUCCUCUCUCCUCCUUAUCCUCCUUCUCCUUUUCCCUCCUUCUCCUCUCCUUCCUCUCCUCCUCCUCCUCCUCCUCCUCCUCCUCCUCCUCCUCCUCCUCUUCCUCCUCCUGGUCCUGUUUAUUGUUGUCCUCCGCGCGAGUGACUGUCUCCAGGUCUGUGUUGUUGUUGUUGUUGUUGUUGUUGUGAUAAGCAGUUGUGACGGGAAGGCUCGCGUGGGGCUGUCGAGGGCUGUAGUCUCCUCCUCCUCCUACUCCUCCUUCUCUUCUUCCUCCUUUUUCUUUCUUCCCUUCCUUCCUAUACUCCUUUUACUUUUCUUCCUUUAACUACUAUUACUACCAUCACCACCACCACCUUUACUACUACUACUACUACUACUACUACUACUACUACUAUUACUACAAGUACCGAAGCUGCCCCUGCUGUUAAGACCAGGCAUACUCGCUUCACUAUUGCAUCGCUCCGCCUUCAACUCUGCGAGACAGACAGCCUU